UGGCGGCUCUGACAUGAAUCGUGGUGCUGCCGCGUGCUGCGGGGUCACCUCCUCGCCGCCGCUUCAUUUUACUUUUAAUUUCUACACCGAGAGGUGCCGGCAGGUGCUGCUGCUGCGAGACGGCGGGGCGAGCAUGGGACCAGCAGAGCUGGUGCAGAAGAUCAGUAUCAGCGCCGAGAGCCCGCGCGGGAGCGAGAGCGGCGGCGCGGCCUUGGCGGGCGCGGACGGGGCCGCCGGCGGCAGCUGGAGACACAAGUGCGCGGCCUAUGUGCUGGCGCUCCGGCCGUGGAGCUUCAGCGCCUCGCUCACCCCCGUGGCGCUGGGCAGCGCCCUGGCGUACCGGGCUGAGGGAGCGCUGGACCCGGGGCUGCUGCUGGGAAGCGCCGUGACCGUGCUGGCCGUGCACGGGGCCGGUAACUUGGUGAAUACCUACUAUGACUUUUCCAAAGGCAUCGAUCACAAGAAGAGUGAUGACAGGACGUUGGUGGACCAGAUUUUGGAGCCGCAGGAUGUAGUGCGGUUUGGAGUCUUUCUCUACACCGUGGGCUGUAUCUGCGCUGCUGGGCUCUACGCGGUCUCGACGCUCAAGCUGGAGCACCUGGCCCUGAUUUACUUUGGAGGGCUUUCCAGCUCCUUCCUUUAUACCGGAGGAAUUGGAUUUAAAUACGUAGCCCUUGGUGAUGUGGUGAUCCUGAUCACCUUUGGGCCCCUGGCUGUGGAGUUUGCCCAUGCAGUGCAGGUUGGUUACCUGUCCCUGACCCCGCUGCUCUACGCUGUCCCCCUGGCCCUCAGCACCGAGGCCAUCCUGCACAGCAACAACACCCGGGACAUGGAGUCAGACCGGCAGGCUGGCAUUGUCACCCUGGCCAUCCUCAUCGGCCCCACCUUCUCCUACAUGCUCUACACUGUGCUGCUCUUCCUGCCCUACCUGAUUUUCUGUGUGCUGGCCACACGGUACACCAUCAGCAUGGCGCUGCCCCUGCUCACCAUCCCCAUGGCAUUCUCACUGGAGAGACAGUUCCGCAGCCAGAACUUCAACAAAAUUCCUCAGAGGACAGCCAAACUCAAUCUGCUGCUGGGCCUUUUCUAUGUUUUUGGCAUUACAUUGGCACCAGCUGGUGCUCUGCCCAAACUGUGAAAAGAGCUGUAGGGUCAGGCUUCAUAAUUCACUCUUCAUGCCAAUUAACAUGGAUGUUCUGAAUAAAUGGCUCAUUAUGGACUGUGAGAAGAAUGGAAAGACCACCUUGAACUGUUGGUAGUGAAUGUUAUGAAUUCUGGUCUUGGAUAGCUUAUACAACACAGCUUAUACUGUCAAAAAAGUGAUUUAUCAGUUCUGCAGAAGGGGAGAACUGUGUGGUUUUGCUGUGAGGAACAAGGUGACAUAAGGUCAAGGAAAUGUUUAAAGAACCUCAUCCUUUUGCCACCUGACUUUGUCCCUGUCAGUUCAAUGAAAGAUAGAGCCUCAAAUCACACUCCCCAUUCACUUCACAAGCACAAUGAUUCCUCUUAUCACUUUGUUUUUUUAUAGUGGUGAAGGAGCCCAGUGGCUCCCAUAUGGGAAUCAGAAAACACUGCCAAAUGUUUAGUAUCACAAUGUAGGUGCCAUUAAUUCACUCUCUUGUAAGUGUAUCUCAUCCUUAUCUGUAGUGUGUUUUAAGUUUUGUUUUGCUUUUCCUAGCCAAAUUUUGAGCUUUUAUUUCCAAACCCCCUGAAAUGCACUAGAUACUGAUUAAUGAAGUAUUGCUUCUGCUUGUCCCAUACAGUCUAGAAAUGUCAAAGUUAUAAAUCUCUGUGGGUUGUAGUGCUAAAAUGGAGCACAAAUAGCCCACUGCACAAACUUUAGGCCAAAACCAAUAAAUCUGUAUUGUGCUACAAAAGCUGAAGCUGUAAAUGCAAGCCAUGCAACUGGAAAGCCCUUAAUGGGUACAAAACCAAAUGGUUUCCAUUUUUGUAUUUGCUUAGAAUUUACUUUCUGAAAUGGCAAGUUUUGAGUUAGGAGAAGCUGACAGAGUGCCAAAUUUCUCUGAAUAGCUAUGGAUUAAUGGAUACAUAGGUGGAAAACAAAUUCCUGAUGUUAAAAUAGCUUUUUUUUUUCCAAUUUGUUUUUCUCUGUUUAUUUAGAGUAUUAUUCAUAGUCUUGUUAUAAGAAGCCUGGUUCACCAAAGAAGAAAGAUAUAUUGUUAGAAAAAACAAAUCUGGAUUAUUGCAUUGGCUCUGCAUAAAAAUUAGGACUGGAAACUGGAAUAAACCAAUUUUGUUAAUAAGA